AUGGAAGCAGAAGUGAAAGAAAAUUUGCGUGUCUUAUUGAGAGAGUUCAGGGAUGUGUUUGCUUGGUCUUACAAUGACAUGUCAGGCCUCGAUACAGAUAUUGUACAACACAAGCUCCCACUCAAACCGGAAUGUCCACCGGUAAAGCAAAAGCUAAGGAGAAUGAAACCAAAAAUGUCCUUAAAGAUCAAGGAGGAGGUACAGAAGCAAUUCGAUGCAGGGUUUCUAGCAGUGGCGAGAUACCCAAAAUGGGUAGAAAACAUUGUACCGGUGCCUAAGAAGGAUGGUAAAGUUCGGAUGUGUGUCGAUUAUCGAGAUUUGAAUCGUGCAAGCCCAAAGGAUAAUUUCCCAUUACCACACAUUGACAGCCUAGUUGAUAAUGCAGCCAAGUAUUCACUGUUUUCGUUCAUGGAUGGUUUUUCGGGGUAUAACCAGAUCAAGAUGGCCCCAGAAGAUAUGGAAAAGACGACUUUUAUUACAUUAUGGGGCACAUUUUGUUAUAAGGUGAUGUCUUUUGGACUCAAGAAUGCUGGGGCAACAUAUCAAAGGGCGAUGGUGGCACUUUUCCAUGACAUGAUGCACAAGGAGAUUGAAGUUUAUGUGGACGACAUGAUCGCGAAGUCCGAAUCAGAAGAAGAACACGUCCUCAACUUGAGAAAGUUAUUCGAGAGAUUGAGGAAGUAUAAGCUUAGGCUGAAUCCCGCCAAAUGUACAUUUGGAGUGAAAUCCGGGAGAUUGUUGGGCUUUAUUGUCAGCCAGAGGGGGAUAGAGGUGGAUCCAGACAAAGUGCGAGCAAUAAUGGAAAUGCCUGCGCCUAAAACGGAAAAAGAAGUCCGAGGGUUUUUGGGUAGAUUGAAUUACAUCGCUAGAUUCAUCUCCCAAUUAACUGCUACUUGUGAACCACUGUUCAAGUUGUUACGAAAGAAUCAGGCUGUGGUGUGGAAUGAGGAUUGCCAGGCCGCUUUUGAGAGAGUCAAACAAUACUUACAGGACCCUCCUGUAUUACGUCCACCAGAACCAGGAAGGCCACUCAUUUUGUAUUUGACCGUAUUGGACAAGUCAAUGGGUUGCGUAUUGGGUCAGCAUGAUGAGGAUGGCAAAAGAGAGCAUGCUAUAUAUUACUUGAGCAAGAAGUUCACAGACUGCGAACGACGAUAUUCAUCGUUAGAGCGGACUUGCUGCGCAUUGGCAUGGGCAGCUCAUCGUUUAAGGCAAUACAUGUUGAGUCAUUCCACAUGGUUGAUAUCCAAGAUGGAUCCUAUCAAGUAUAUUUUUGAAAAGUCUGCUCUUACUGGAAGGAUAGCUCGAUGGCAGAUGUUAUUGUCAGAAUACGACAUCGUAUAUGUCAUUCAGAAAUCUGUCAAGGGUAGCGCACUAGCAGAAUACCUGGCUCAUCAACCCCUUUGUGAUUAUCAACCAAUGCGACCUGAAUUUCCUGAUGAGGAUAUCAUGGCUUUAUUCCAAGGGAGCAAAGAAGACCGAAACGAAAAAGCAUGGACAGUGUUAUUCGACGGAGCCUCGAAUGUGAUGGGACACGGAAUAGGGGCCGUGCUUAUCUCCCCAGAGCGUCAGUAUAUACCAAUGACGACAAGGUUGUGUUUUAGCUGCACAAAUAACAUCGCUGAAUAUGAAGCCUAUGCCAUGGGUAUUCGAGCAGCAAUUGAAUCAAAGGCAAAAGUUCUGGAUGUGUAUGGAGAUUCAGCUUUGGUCAUCCACCAAUUGAAAGGAGAAUGGGAAACUAGGGAUACAAAAUUAAUUCCCUACCAAGCUUACAUCAGGGGAUUAAUGGAGUAUUUCGAUUCCGUCACAUUUAACCAUAUACCGCGAGAAGAUAAUCAAUUAGCAGACUCACUGGCUACCUUGUCGUCAAUGUUUGAGGUUGAUCAAGAUGCAGAAUUACCGAGAAUCAAAAUGAAAAGCCAUGCAGAGCCAUCAUAUUGCCACUUCAUCGAGGAGGAGUUAGACGGUAAACCUUGGUACUUUGAUAUCAAGCGUUAUCUUAAAACUCGAGAAUACCCUGAGGAUGCGUCUGAAAACGAUAAAAGAGCGCUAAGAAGGUUGGCCGGCAGUUUCAUCUUAAGUGGGAAUGUUUUAUACAAGAGAAACCAUGACAUGGUUCUCCUUAGAUGUGUGGAUGCAAAGGAAGCCGAGUUGCUACUGAAAGAAGUGCACGAAGGUACAUUUGGUACACACAUGAAUGAACAUUCGAUGGCUAGGAAGAUCUUAAGAGCUGGUUACUUCUGGUUGACCAUGGAAAACGAUUGUUGCAUACACGUGAGAAAGUGUGAAAGAUGUCAGAUAUAUGCAGAUAAUAUCAAUGUGCCACCCACGACUCUGAACGUGUUGUCUGCACCAUGGCCAUUUUCGAUGUGGGGAAUAGAUGUCAUCGGAACUAUAGAACCAAAGGCGUCAAAUGGACAUCGCUUCAUACUAGUCGCAAUCGACUAUUUCACCAAGUGGGUUGAAGCUGCUUCAUAUGCCAACGUGACUAGAAAGGUUGUGAUGAUGGCGGAGUUAUGUGAGGAAUUCAAAAUUCAUCACCAUAAUUCCUCUCCUUAUCGUCCAAAGAUGAAUGGGGCAGUAGAGGCUGCUAACAAGAACAUCAAGAAGAUUGUGUAG